CAGUAAUCAUCAGUUUGCAUAAAAAUCAGUUUAUGCUCAACAAGCCAUUAUUUGGUUGGCAUCAUCCAACUUUUUUUUUUAUGCCCAGCAUUUUUUCCCAUGCCACCACACAGCUCACACACACAGUUCGUAACUCUGGCACUAGAAGAAUAUCAUGUCUAAAACUGUUCUGCUGUCACGGAUGUUUUUUUUUUGUUCUGUUAUGCAAAAUGACUGACAAAUAAUUCAGUCUAGACUGUGACUUGGCCCUGUGUGAAAGCUCUUCUCUCUCCUUCUCUCUCUCACUCUCUCCCUCUCUCUUUCACACUUUCUCUCUCACCCCAUCUGUCUUUUCCUGGAUUUCCUUCCCUGCCAUUGUCUGUCUGAAUGAAAUAAUCUAUUCCUUUUCUUUCUGCACCACCACAUUCUUUUCUCUCAGUCUGUGGGCUGUAUUUUGUGUGUGUGUGUGUGUGUGUGUGUGUGUGUGUGUGUGUGUGUGUGUGUGUGUGUGUGUGUGUGUGUGCAGUGGAAUUGACAAGUAGUUUAUGCUCAGUGUAGUUGUCAUGCUCCGCAAUACUCCAGAGCAUCCUUUUGGUUUGGGCUGUUUUCUACUUUGGAUUUAUUUGGGAAAAGAAUAGCAUGCAGCCAUGUCCAGGAACAGGUGAAGAUAACUGCAAACAGCUAUGCACUGCCCAGAUGGAAUUUGUACAGAUCCUGGUGAUCGUGGUGGUGAUGAUGAUGAUGGUGGUUGUGAUCACAUGCCUGUUGAACCACUACAGGCUCUCUGCUCAAUCCCUCAGUUCGCAACACAGGCAGACUCGUCGGUGCCACCCUUCACUUAGUGCAGAUGGGAGUUUAUGGUCAUCAGAUGGGCCAGGCCUAUCAAGUGGAAUAAGUGAGCAGGUGUAUAAUCCACGGCCACCCGAUCGAGUCCCUCUAUACAUACAACAAGACCAUCUAACCCGGUUCCAACCCACCUACCCUUACCUGUCUCACACAAUCAUCGAUCUUCCCCCAAACAUCCCUCUCUCAGACGGGGAAGAGCCCCCUCCGUACCAGGGCCCCUGCACCCUCCAGCUCCGAGACCCAGAGCAGCAGCUGGAGCUAAACAGAGAGUCAGUCCGUGCCCCUCCCAACCGCACUAUUUUUGACAGCCUCCUUAUUGACUCUUCAUUCUGCCCCCCAAGUGUUAACGCUGGCAUCAGUACUGCCAGCUUGGAGUGUGCUCCGCCUGCCUACACUGAGGUCAUCGGUCACUACUUUCACCCUUCAUCAAUGCCCCAUCACGCACAGUCUCCACAUGGAACAGCCGUGGACCCCCCUCUUCCGCUGAUCCAGGGUGAUCUGCAGCCAGUGUUACCCCAAAUCAACAGCACAGACAGCCAGAACACCCGUAACAAGGAGAAACACAAAUCACAGCAGGUCUGACCUUUGGCUAACGUUAGUUUAUCUUUGUCUGCACAGCCUGCAGAGUCUUCUGCUUGUGCUGACUAGCAUGAAUGCUAGUGUCAUUGCUGGUUAGUGUGAUAAUACAUUAACAUCAGUGGCCUUGCUUCCAUCCUUUUGAACUAGUAGGGUAAGGGAAGGAAGAGGAAUUUGAAGGCAGACGUACAAUAUCCCCGUAAAAAAUCAUGCACUAUAUCCUCUAACAGUAGUUUUUUCCUCUGUUGAUCGGAACAUAUUUGUGUGAAAGUGAGAGAAGAACCUAAAACUGUUCAUGUCUGAUAUUUACUUUGUAUAUUUACACACUUAUGACACUCUGUAUAGAAACUCUAAAACGUAUAAACAGCUAGAAAAUAUAUUAUUUUUAUUUUUUUGUGACUAUUAUGCUGCAUACCUCGAUAAUUACCUUCUAGUAAACUUUUACUUAUUUUUUUAUUUGUCCUUUGCUGACAUGAUUUGUGUAAUCAACAGUUUGUUUCUGAAAUCAUAUUCACAAAGUAUUUCUCCUGGUUUCCCUUAUAUUUGCUUUUGGUCAGUAUUUACAGAGUCUUACGCCCUUCUUUAUUUUUCGACAGACUUGUCAGUUGUUAUUUCUGAUGGCAAACCAGAAACAAAAGCAGCAACACUGAUGCAUUUCCACUAAUGGAAAAUCUACAAUAUUUGUGAAACAAAGAAAGUGAAGGUAUUUUUCUAGUAGAACUGGUGUCUAAGAAAGCUUUAGUUCCUUAGUUAUUUAGUCUGAGCUAGAGGAAUAUAGUUAUCACUUGGAGUGCCAACACUUAAUGUGUUUGAUAUUGUGCUAAGCAUGUACUGUGUGUGUGUGUGUGUGUGUGUGUGCGUGUGUGUGUGUGUGCGUGCGUGCGUGUGUGUGUGUGUGUGUGUGUGUAUUUAAUUUCACACAGCACAUGUAAAAAAACUGAAAAAACAAAAAACACUUUUAGUUAUUUAUAUUAAUGUUUAAAACUUGCACUAUUUUUUAAAACAACUGAAUGGCAAGCCAAGGCUUGUGAAUAAUAUGAGAGAAACUAUUGAGCUGAUCGGAGUUUGUGUGCAUGUAUGUAACUGAGAAAACCAUUUAGCCCUUAACUUCAAAAUCUUUUUUUAUAACACAUUGGGGAGCCACCCUGAAACACCUGCACUUCACAGCCUUACCUGAACAAACCCAGAACUCAUCCUUUAGAGCUUGAUUUAAUUAAACUAUUUUCAGUCCAUUUCUUCAGUUUUGCUGCUGAGCACAGGCUUGGAUUCUUAUCUUCUGAAAUGGGCAUCUCUUAUGGCACUUUAUGGAUAAGAGGAGAAACACAAUCCAGCUCACCAGCUAUUAGAUAUCAGUAAGAGAAGAUAUUAAUAAAAUACAUAAAUAAAUGUUAUGCAAGUGCUUCCUCAUCAGUUUAAAAUUACAGGAGGACCGUCAUGAAAGUGCUGGAAUCAUAGAGAGGUAAUGGAGAUAGAGAGAAAUGUCAACAUGAGUGUGGACGUCACAGUCAUUAUUAUAUAAACAUCGGCACUUAUUUGAUACUUAUGAGUCUACUUACAGUUCAUUCUUCAUAGUGGUUAGCAAGUUGUCCAUUGGCACAGUAAAGCUUUACAGCUUUUUUACCAUGAUACAUAUUUCAAUACCAUGACACCCCUGAACAUGCAGAUCACUUCUGUAGCCAUCAAACCAUUCAAAGAGAUCCUACCUUUUAUGUUCACACAGUAACAUAAUUUGAGGAUCAGAAGUCACUCCAUCAAUCAAGGUUGAGCACAAUCCUAUUCAAAUGCUGCCAAAUAGUGACUUACAGUAUGACUCUAAAUAUAGGCUUUUUCUUUAUUCUGGUUGGAAUUAGCUGCCAGUUACAGGUCAAGGUAAUCAUAAAAUAUGUUUUUUUGACCAAUGGGCGCUUUUUUUUCCUUUUUAAACUGGAUUUCUCCAGUCUUGCUUCAGGGAAACCACAACUUACUAUGGCAUCAAAUUGCCAGGAGCAAAAUCUUUGGGGGAAGCAGAUAACACCCAAAGCAUAAUUUUUUAUGAAUUACAAAAGUGAUGCAUUUUUAGAUUUCUUUAGCUUGUUUUAUAUUGCUGUAGUUGUAUUUUAGUGAUGUGAGUUUGUGCAAAUAUUCACCUCAGGAGUUCACCCAUUUCAGGUCAUUCUAUACCAGACUUAUUGGGUAAGGCUUGGAGAUUAAUAUUUGCACAUCUAUGCACUGGAAAACAAUAGUUUUUAUACUGCUUUAUUGGUUAUGCAUUGGAAUCCUUAUAUUCCAAACAGGGUAAGGGUGUCCCUUUGUGCAUUUUUUUUCUUCCACCCAACGAGAGCUCUCCCUCUUCUAGAGAUGCUUAUUUUAUGCUAACAUGCCAAUGUGGCCUGAUCCUACUGCCACUGACCUAGGCAAACAAUCUGCCAAUCAGAAGGCCAGUGACAGAGAUGUAUUAUGAAAGGAAGUGGAGGACGAUGACAGUGACAAAAAUGGUGAUAUGGUAGCGAUGUUGUGGAGAAUAUUGCAAUAUACUUAAUAUUUGCCUUUUGAUAAUAGUAUCUUAUUGAACGUAGAUUAAACAUAAUAAUGGUUGGUUUGUUGUCAUUAUUGUUCAGGUUUUUGUUGUUACUGUUAUUAUAUUUGCUUUGUUUUAUGUAUUUUUAUUUGCUUAUACUGAAACACCUAUACAAGGUUGUUAUGCAUAAGUCACAGACAUGUAAUAUCAGUUGCUUUUCAUUUAUUUGCUUUGGCCUGUCCUUUUACUUGCAGACCUACUGACCUACUGACAACUUUCAGUUAAGAGCCAUCAUGGUAAGAAAGCAUUUAUCAGUGGAAUCUGUGGUUAAUUAUAGUUCAUUUUAGGCCUAAUUUAAGGUGUAGUUUGAGUUUAGAAUAUUAUUUGUUAUUGGUGUUCUUUUCUGCUAAUCAGAAUCAUGUAAGAAUUCAUUGUAAUAAAAACAAAAUUCUUGUUUUAUUUCCCACUCAUUUUGUGAUGCGUGCCUUCGAGUAAUCGAUGUGAUUACUCUUCGUUCUGUUUGUUGCCUUCACACAUGAGGAGUCCCCUGCCCAUCUGAAUCUGAUACCCAGAAUAAAUACAUAUUGGUAAUCAGUAGAGAAUACAACCAAAUACAACCAAUUUGCAUGCAAAUUUUAAUCAACUGAAGCAUAAUAUCAAACCAAAUAAUGGGAUUACAUUGGUUUGUACUGUUCUUAGCACUGUAAAUGAAAAGUACAGUUAACACAUUCCAGAGUGAACUGUCAUUGUUUUCCAAUGUUUUAUUGCUUUAAGCUUGGUUCAUGACAAGGCUGAUCAAUCUUUGAACCACUUAAGUUUAAGAACACCAAUAUGAUUCUGGAUCAAUCUAGUAUGACUUUAAAGCAGUAGCUUUAGAAAAAAAAGCCAGAGAGAUUCAACUGAAUCAGUCUGAAUGUUUUUUCAAUGUGCAAAUAGGCAUUUUCAAAGAGCUUUGGAAGGGCCCUGUUAACACCAGUUUUAUUUCUCAUAUACAUUUCAUUUUUCUCAUUUUUUUUCUAAGAUGUACAUUGAAACUUGUUUAUGAGAAUAGACAGUAAAGAGUACUUUUGAAUUUGCAAUUGGAAUGUGUGUAUAUUUAGAUUUAAGUGUAAGAACAGAAAUUCUUUUUUUCUUUUUCUUUUUAAGCCAGAAAUUCUUAUGUUCAAUGUUACCAUGGUUAUACCACUAGCAUGGCUCAAGCUUUUACUUUGCAGUUAAUAUAGAGACAUCUUUGUCAACAAUGGCAUGAAAUGUAAUCUUUAUUUUUUUAUUUAUGUAACACCUUUAGUGUUAUCAGACGUGAAUUUACUAUUUGACAAAUGAGCUGAGGACAGUGUCCGUAACACAUGCUGUAAAAUCUGAAACAUUUCAAUUCAGCAAAUAAAACAUUUUACAUAGUACUGA